GAAGGAGCAAAUUGGUAUCAUGAAGAAGCAAGCACAAGGUCUUAGGCAGUGGUUGAUUUCAUUUGUUGCUCAAUUGGGUAUGGAGUCGCGGGCCGCGGGGAAGUCGGAGAUCUCCCUGAUAUCCAUUGAUGAUUCCUCUAUACCCUCCUCUAUAUCAGCAGCGAUAUCACCAUGACCGCUUCGCCCCAGGUCCUUCGUGUCAACGUACAACAUGCCAUUCUAUCAAGUCGAACAUUGCAUCCCGCUGGACAAGACCCAGCGAGAAGAACUGGCGAAUGCUAUCACGCACAUCCACACCCGCAAGUUCAAGACCCCGAGUUUCUUCGUGUACGUCCGGUUUACGGAAUCAAGUGACCACUGCGAUUAUUGCUCCCUUAAUUGCAUCCGAGCAUACGUCCGCGCGGGCGAAAAUCGAUCUAAAGAGGAUUUUGACGAUCUCGCGCAGCAGGUGCUAGCGGCUUGGAACCGGAUCAUCAAUGCAUUCGAGGACACGUAUAGAGUGUUGAGAGUCUUGGUCAUGGGGGCCAUCACGACUGGUAUCGAAAGCGGGUUCCGUUUUGCCUUCGGUGAGUAUCCUCUCAUUCUUCACAAGAAUAGGAUGGAUCACUUGCUGAUUUACCUAGGCCGGACAAGAUUCCUCGUGGCUCGAGAAGAACAUGUCCGAGUUCGAACGGCUGGUGGCACGGGGAGAUGA